ACAAUUAGCCAUAUUUGUUAAUGAAUUAAGACGAGUUUUGUAAAAUAGGCUUUAACAAUAGCAUUAAGUUUCCAAUAUUCAUUAAUUGCUUCAACAAUAAAUUGUCAUCUUUCGAAUUGUGAAUGUUGUAAAUAAAUUUAAAUAAUCUUGGCAUAGCAUAAUCGAUGAAUAUAAUGUUGUCAAUGUUGGUGGGGACUCGAUCCCGCCGCCAUAUUGUGUUGGGCUGUGUGUGCUUGAAGUGAACGUUUUGCCGAUAUCAGUGUAAUUCCUUUGUUAUUUUCGAUUGGAUUGAAAAACCUUUCGCGAGCAUGGGUGCUAAACAAAGCAAAAGAUCGGUCGACAUAAGCGGCAAGGAAGCGGAAAGCGCUGGAGAGGUGGCCGCAGCCGGCGCUGGUGGUGAAGGUCGCGUCGAGCAGCUAGCCGAUGUUGAUGCACUUAAACCACAAAUUAAUGGCGACGCCCAUAUCCAUGAACAGACUGCCAAGGAGAAAGAGUUGGAUAGUGGCACUCCAGAAAAUGAAAAAGACGCUACUACUGAAAAAGAAGCAAUAGAGAUUAGCAAUGAAAAAGAAGCUGGUCCUGUAACCAACGGCGAAUCUGAACAGAAAGCAGAAAAUGGAGAAUCAGUUACUACUACUCCAGAUGACGGCAAGAAACCAAAGAAAGAAAAAGUGAAAAAGAAGUGGUCGCUCAGGUCUAUCAGCUUCAGCAGGAAAGAUAAGCCCAAACAAGAAAAGAAGCAAAAGGAAGAGGAGACUAAGACAAAUGGUGAACCGGAAAAGGUUCCCGAAGAGGUGAUUGAAGCAACUGCUGAACAAUCUCAAAAUGAAACUGUCGAAGAAGUGAAAACUCCGAGCGAAGCAAAUGAGGAUAAGACUCCUGAAACUCCUGUUACUGAACCCAUCACAAAUGGCCACAGCACACCCGAGACUCCUCAGGUCGAGACUCUAGCAGCUGAUCAGCCGGUUGAGCACGUUGUUAAUCCCGAUGCUGACAAGACUGAAUCCAAGGCUGAGCCUGAACCCGAACAAUUACCUGUUAAUGGGCUCUCUUUGGAACAAUCCAAAACCGAAACUCCUGAAGUAAAUGUGAAAACGGUAGAAAUUGUUGAGAGUAAAAUUGAAGAAUCUGUAGCUGAAAAAGAAGUUGUGUCCGUUCCUGAAAUCCCUGUUAUAAAAGAGGUUUGUGUUGAAAAAGUACCUUUGAUAGAGCCAUCGCCUCCUCCGCUUCCUGCUAAUCCUCCUCCCUCCUCGGUCGCAUCCUUUGCUGCCACCACUAUGGCACCAGAAAUGACUGAUGCUUCGCUACCUAACACUGCUGAAACCACAUUCACAACACAAGAGCCUGCCGUAACUAAUGUGGCUGUACACAAUGACACACACGCUGUAAAUCCUACGGCUGUUUUAAGCCAGUCACAAACCAAUAAUACUAUCCCUCUCCCAUUAAAGGAAGAAAUUAUAGAAACCACUGAUCACAAACCAGAAAAGCUAACUGAAGAAGUGGCUCAAAUUUCGGUCGAAUUAGCAGACACUGAAGAGAAGAUUUCUGAAGUUUUAAAGGAUAAUUCCAAUGUAGAAACAAAAGCUGAAAUAACACUCUUUGAAGAAACCACAAUAAAAGAAAUAAAAAAUGAAGAUAUAGUCUUAAAAGGUCUGAUUCAGGAUGAUAUUGCUCAUGACACAAUUGGUGAAAUACAACUGCAAAAUAAGCUAGAAAAUGCUUCUGAGACUACUAAAAAUGAAGAGAUAAAACCUGAAGAUGGAGAUAAAAACAACCAAGAGCCAAUACAAAGUGAAUUGGUAGCUAUUAUUGAAAAUACAGAUCAAAAUGGUGGUAACAUUAAUAAAUUGACUUGCGAACAGAACAUUGAACAAUUAAAAACAGAAAAUCAAACAGAAUCGCCUACUAUUAAUAUUGACAAUAACGAUUGUAACAACGUAAACGAGAGUGUAAUUUCAGAAGUAGUACCAGACAAUCAAGAGCUCUGUAGCAUUGAUGAAAUUAAAACACCUUCAUUUGAAGAGUUAUUAGAACCCACAGAGGUGACGAAAAUGGACAUAACAAACAUGGAAAAAAAAGAUGAUUUGAAUGACGAUGUUGAAGAGUUCCCAGAACCUCCCUCUUUGUCAGGUGACGAAGUUAAUUUGACGGAAAUUGAUGACAUUACUCUACAUUCGGAAUCAAACUUGACAACUAAAGAAGACAUUUCGGAGAACGAACAUAUCCCCGAUGACGUUAAACAAAAUAACAGUAACGAAAACAUGAAUAAAACUGACGACGGAAAGAUAUCUGAGCAAUGUGACACAAAACAAACCAACGGGACAGAAGAGAUCGACAACAUAAAAGAAAGGGAAGAAUCUGCUGGAAACAAAAUCAUUGACGAAUGUACAGAUAUGGUAGAAAAUAUAAUGGAGAUCGGCGCGUGCAACGGUAACGCGCAGCUGGCGGCGAAGCAGCAGGCGAGCGAGGAGCAAGCGUCGCCGCCACUCGGUCUGCACACGCCACAGGAACCUCUCCCGAUCUCUGACAAGAUGGAUUUAAUUCCCGACGUACCCUUUCCAGAAUUAAAACCUGAAACUGAAACAUCGUCGGAUGUAGCGGUGGCCAAUUAGACAUCGUAUGAUCAAAUAUAAUAGUCCACAACCGCGGGUCAACGUGUCUGAACAUAUUUUAUUUAUUACAACUUCGUACUGCGAUGUAACAUCGAACUUAGUUCGACCAUACCUUAUAUACAAUAUCAAUUACAAUGAAUUUCAAUUUAGAAUACCACAUAUAUGGCGUAUUUAUAAGUUUAGUGUGCUUUGCUUCUGUAAAAUUAAGAUUAUAUUAUAUUCGCUAGGAUCGAGUUUUAUAUUACAAUAACAAAGUUAUAUAGGCAGUAUACGGUGCGAUAAGUUGGUGCCAUUAUUACAGGGGUAUUAGUUUCGAUGUCGUCGGUCACUUCGUCAUUGUCCCUUAUGAAAUAAAUGUCACACAAAAUUAUAAAUCGAUUAUAAUUUAGUUUUUUGUGGCUUUUCUAUCGAUUCCGAAAAUAUAUGAUGAAUAUUGACGCUGUAGGUCAAAAAUUGAUAUUCAGUUCCUAAUAAAAUAAUACCCUGGUGAAUUUCAUUUCUCUUAAAUUAAUUUGGCAGCUUUCAAUAAAUAAUGUGGGUCGUUUUUAGACAAGUUCUUUGCAUAUAUCACUAUAUUUAAAUUGUUCUUCUUGGUAAUGUAUGAAUAACAAAAAGUGUUGUACUGUAAUUCUAUAUUGAAAUGGGUGGGUGUAUUCUGUGCAGACGACCAGAGAUUUUUAGUAUAUGAUUUAUACCAUUUUCAUGCCCAUUAAUCCGUAUGGAAUUAAAAUGAGAUUACCUAUUUAUUAAUUUGUUAUCUCAUCAUUGUGGUUACAAAAUGAAGUAAAAUGAUUUUGUUUUAAUGCCUAUGCUUUCAUCAUGUUAAAAGACCUACGGCUUGAACAUAUUCAUGGAGAAAUUGUAUUCUAAUUAUAAUUAUAAAAUUAAAUGUAAAUUUCUAGUAAUAAUGGAUUUGAACAAGAAAUUUCUCCUAUCUCAUUAGUAUAUUAUGUUAUUUACACUACUACGAAAUAUGCUACUCCUAUUUAUAAUAAGUUGUAAAGAAUUAGUUUUAACAUCGAUCGUUCUGUGAAUAUCAAGUAAAAUAAAUUUAAAUUAAAGUAUUCAUGAAAUAUCUGCAAAUUGUAACAGAAUUAGGGAAACUGAUAAAAAUCAAGAGAAAAUGGUACCUGGAAAUUGACAGUUAUUAUUCUUUCAAUUAUGAUGAAUGUCGAGUAUUUAGUGGCCAAUUUUGUAAUUAUACUUUACUUUUUUAUGCAUAUACAGACAUUUAAUAUUUAGAAAUACUUAGAGGUAAACUUUAGAUGUGUGUAACAGUUAACAAUGGCGGCGUAAUAUCUAAACAUUGUACUAUCGUUUUCCACUUUAUCAUGACAUUUUAUUACAACGUGAUUCGGUAUUUUUAGGAAAUUGUCAUUUCGUAUCGUAGUUUAUGUCUAGUGUUACAAAAAAUUGUUUCGAAAUCAUUUUUGUAAUUUUAUACAUUUUUAUAAAAAUUUUUAGACAGCUGUGAGGUUGGAGAUUUCCAAAAUAAAAUAGCAGUUAGCACGAGUGAGACAUUCCAUAUCAAAAAAACUCGCCAUUCCUAAUGCCAAUAAAAGUAGUGUGUGUUUGUAUCGUGCGCUUGUAACAUCUUUUAUUAUAGAAUAAACACAAGACUUAAAAAAAUAUGUUUUCACUCUGAUGUUAGAACUCUCACAAAACCAAGAUUCUUUUAAUUGCGAGUUCUCGGUGAAGUAAGAAAAUUAAAUGGAGGCCGCCGAGCGCAAAAGUGAUCUAAGCCUACCAUGAUAUGGAGAUAAUGAUGUUUGAAUUUACUUUUACACUGCUUCGUAGGCAAAAACAAUACGCGCAAUAAUAAUGUUUACAAAGCCAUGUGUUAACUAUAGGCGAAACUAGGGAUAGGCCUGUUUUGCUUCAAAAAUUGUUUAAAAUAAGUUGCAGAACAUAAGCACGAAUAUGAAAAAAAGUGGGUUAGGCAACUUAUGCGCUGGCGGCCUUUAUUGUAAUGAGCAUCCUUGGAAUUUGCUUAAAAUUAAUGUACUAUUUAGGAAAGUGUUUUGCACACAAAUCAGCUUUGAUUAGUAAGUUUCCCUAUUGGAAACUACUACAUACUUAUAGAGUUCACCUUGCAGGCUGGUUUUCUGUAUUGUUGAGUUGGUUGGUCAAGAAAUUAAAACACAUUUCAUGAUUUCAAUAGUGCAUUUGGAAUUGUUUGCUCAUUAUAGCAAUGUCGAAUUUUGUAAGAUAUUUGAUAAUUGCUAAUUUUAUAGGUAAUUAUGUUAUUCCAAUUAUUAUUAAAUAUAAAUGUUGAUGUGUGAAUGUCUCUAAAUAAAUAAAUAAAUAAAUAAAA